AUGCUUCGGUUUGGUUUGGAUACGCCAUCAGUUAUAUUUGUCAAAAUUCCUGGCUUGACAGUUUCGGUUGCACAUCAAACGCCAAUGCUCUAUAAAAUAUGGUUUUCAGGAGGAUGUUACGUGACUAAUGCAAAUGUGCACUAUUUUAUACGUUUUAUGGUCGAUGACUUGCUUUUAGUGGACAAUAAAUUAUUACCGAAUACAGAAAAUCGUCAAACUCUUCUGCCUGCUAUUGGAAAUAGUUUGGUUUUGAUAGAUUCUAUUGGUGCUUCGUUCCUGCGUUCUUCAGAUUCAACUGGUUCAUCUUUUACAUGUGCAAAGUACGAAAUAGUCUAUUUACCGCCCGGAGUACAUGUGAUCAAUGCCGUUGUGCGCACUACUUCUCCGUCGUUGUAUUUACAUGCGGGAACAUUAAUAGUUGAAUUAAUACAAUAUGAAAAGAAUGCAAAAAUCAAUCUUCAAUAUCCGUUAGAAUUAUAA